AUUUUGAUUUCGAAGAUGAAAGAAAAAAAAAACGAAAACAAUAAUUAGUUUGUGUUUGACAAUUGACACUGCAAAUAUUUCGCUGCAAUCAAAUUCUACGGUUCGUUGGGGGAUCGAGAAUGACCAGCUCAGCGGUUACGGAACAAUUUGACAAAUGCAUGAAGAAGCAAGUAGAAGCAAUUGCACGAGUUUUGCAUUUAUUUCAAUCCUACAAAGAGGACAAUAUUCCGUGCAAAAUCGACGAGGGUCUCUAUUUGGGUUCGAUUGCCACUGCAGCUAACAAGCCUGCUUUGAAAGACUGUAAUAUUACUCACAUUUUGACUGUGGCUGGUAGAAUACCACCUGCACAUCCUAACGAUUUUGUCUAUAAAAUUAUAGACGUUGUUGACAGAGAUGAUGAAGACUUAAAACAAUACUUCAAUGAGUGUUUUGAUUUUAUUGAUGAAGCCAAAAGACUCGGUGGAGGUGUUUUGGUUCAUUGUUUUGCUGGAAGAUCAAGGAGUGUGACUAUAGUUGUGGCAUAUCUGAUGAAGACUCGAGGAAUGAGUUUUUUUGAAGCUCUGAAACAUGUGAAGAGUAUACGACCAGCAGCAGGUCCCAAUCAGGGUUUCAUUUGUCAGCUGGAGGACUUUGAAAAGUCUCUUCAAGGUGCCAAUAAAUUGCAUUAGUCUUAUUUACAAUUGCAACCUAGCUUGGUGCAUUAUUAUAAACGCAUAUCAUAAGUCAUCUACAUAAAAAUGGUAUAUAUUUACGUCUUAAAUAUAUUUUGAACUGAUACACCUCUGAAACCAUCAAGAUACACAUUUACAAUUGUAAACUUACACGUGAAAGAUCUUUUCUGUAAGGAAGUGAAAUUUGUAAUGAUUGCUUAAACUAAAAGAGUUUACUUGUACACUAUGUUAAUCUAGUAGAAUGUGCUUCAUGAAGAAAGUAAAGAGGUUUUCUUCAA